AUGAUCAACUUUGGACUAUGGCCUAACAAAGCUAUUGUUGAAGCGGCUAAAAAUGUAUGGGGUAUAGACCUUGUUGAUAAGGGUAGAGCUGACCCGUUUAAGUUGGCCAUACUCAUCGAAUCGUUAGUGAUGAUGCUCACCGUGGCACAGCUGAGCCCGUUUUGUGCACUGCGGAUCAAUCGCUGUUUAAAGGAUAACUCGUUGAGCAAUCAAACAAAGAAACUUUAUAGGAGGAUGCUUAUUCUUCUAUCAAUUCAAAUCACCUUUCCAGUACUGUUAUUGCAUCUGCCGCUAUGCAUAAUGUUUUUUCUUCUCUUCACUGGGCUUUCUAGUCCACCUAUUGUAGAAAAUUUCGUUGGUAUUGCUAUGACACUCGAUCCGGUAAUCGGACCAAUUGUCACAAUAUUAUUCGUCAAGGAUUACCGAAAGGCUCUCCUUGGCAUACUACGAAUCGGCAAAAAUCAGUCUUCCACGUAG